AUGGACGAACGGCACAAAAAGCUUCUGCAGCGGAACAGAACGCGCCUUGUGAAAGAGUUGGAGCCGUCUUGUUUGUAUGAUCUGCUUCUGGAGAAGGGGGUUUUCACUCAGGACAUGAUCGACGAGAUUAAGAGCGCGGGAACCAGGCGGGACCAGGCCCGGCAGCUGUCCCGGGACAUCGAGACCAGGGGCAGCCGAGCGUUCCUCCUGUUUGUGGAGAGUUUGGAUCAGACGGGGCAGACGCAGCUGGCACAAGCCCUGAGGGAAGGCUCUGCUCUUGGUACACUGGAGCCCAUAGCGCCCCCUGUUGUUAGAGCAGCGCUACAGCCUUUGCCCAUCGUUUCCCCAAUGGAUGUGGACAAGAAAAUAUUGAUUCCACCCAUCACUCCCAUCACUCCCAUCACUCCCAUUACUCCCACUCAUAGGCCCAGCCCUACUCCAGGCCCAUCCCCUGAGGGAGAGGCGCUGAGACCAAAGCCACAGAGAAUCCGCAGAGAUAGCAUCCAGAGUUACAAAAUGGACGCGUCUCCCUGUGGUCACUGCCUCAUCAUCAACAACGUGGAGUUUGAGGCCAAAAGUGAACUGAGCAAUCGUGCAGGCUCCAACACAGACUGUGAGAAACUGCAAAGGAGAUUCAGCAACAUGAACUUCAUCGUCAAGGUUACCACCAACCUGCGGCAAAAGCAAAUCCGAAAGGAGCUCCUGGCUUUGUCCAAAAUAGACCAUUCCUCAUUCGACUGCUGUGUGGUUAUCAUCCUCUCCCAUGGGACAGAGGUGAGUCACAGCCGCUUCCCUGGGGCGGUGUACGGCGUGGACGGCCUCUUUGUCCCAGUGCAGCACGUCACCAACUUCUUGAACGGUCAGAACUGCCCCUCUCUGCAGGGAAAGCCCAAGCUGUUCUUCAUCCAGGCCUGCGGAGGAGGAGAGAAGGACACAGGCUUCGAGGUGUCUCCUGAGGACUCGCCGCCCUCUGCUGGUGAAGGAGAAGAUGACCAGACUGAUGCCAUCCCCUCCUCAUCCAGCAGUGACUCCCUCAGUCUAUAUGAUGAACCAGACGCCCGUGCCUCUCUGCCCACCCCCAGUGACAUCCUGGUGUCCUACUCCACCUUUCCCGGGUACGUGUCAUGGAGGGACACUCAGGCCGGCUCCUGGUACGUGGAGACUCUGGAGAGAGUGUUUGCACAAACAGCCUCCGAGGACGACCUGGUCACUAUGCUCAUGAUGGUGAAUCAUGAGGUGUCUCAGAACUCGGCCAAAGGUCUUUACAAGCAGAUGCCCGGAUCCUUCAACUUCCUCCGAAAACUGCUCUACUUUCAAACUCCAAUGAACUGCAGUUUCCCUUCUGCCGUCUUUACACUAGGACAGGCUCAAAAGUCGAGCAUUCCAAAUGUACCUGGACUUUUACUGGGACACUUUUUGGGAUGCUGUGAUCUGAUUCUGUCUGUCCUCCUGCUGUGCUUGGUCCCCUGCUCUCCCCUGGUGGCCUGCACUGUCCUAGGAGAGUAUAGUACUGUUCCACAUUCCCCUGUGGAACAGUACGAUAAACAAGAAGUCGUGGUCAGACGUGUGAAGAUGCAGCUCAUGAUCUCCUCUGCUCUGGCGGCGGAGGAGCGAGCUGUGACCUGUGAUGACUCUGGUAACGUGCACCGCCUCAGCUGUGGUGAGGAUCAUGCAGAACUCGUGACUUAA